UGGAGUGAACCUGCAUGUGCUCUGUCCUCCUGCUAGAGUCGGAGAAGUCACUUGUGGAAUCUGGGCUGGGACCUGGAGGAUCCGGGGGAGCCAUCAGCAGCACAGGUUGGAAUUUGUUGCCAUUAUCUGAAGAUCAAGGCCACACUAUCAUCCCUCAGGAAGCUUUUUCACGCUUCAGCAAUUCUUCAUUUCCUAGGAACAUGGUUGACAGUUUGAUUGUAUCUUUACGAUUGGUCAGCCCCAUAGUAUUGUUAGGAUUUCAGCUGGUUUUCUCACAGCUGUCAAUUGACCACAGAAAGGUUCCACAGAGGAUAGAAGAACAAAGUGGCACUACAGAAAAUAUCAGUGUUGGGUCUACUGGACAGUGGGGUAGUUGGGGACCUUGGUCAGCUUGCUCUAGAAGUUGUGGUGGUGGUGUUAUGGAGCAAACCCGACCAUGCCUUCCUAGUAAUUACCAAGAAAGGAGCCAACAGGUUCCAAGUUUCCAGUACUCUGCUGGAGAAAGAAGUACCAGUUAUCAAAAUUCACUUGGUUAUGAAACGGCUUUGAAUCCAUAUACUGGACAUGUGGUAUCUGCCAUUCGGACAUCAGUACCAUUACACAGAAGUGGGGACAACUCUAGAAUAAAGUUUCCGGUAUCCAGUGACUUGAGUCAAACUAACCUUGGAAGAGGAAUAAUAAGAAGUCGUCAGCCACUGCCUCAAGGACACAUCUCAAGAUUAGAAAGGAGAAACCGGACAAGGACUCCAGUCAGUCCAGGAUCUUACGGAUAUGGAAAAGUUCCUUACGUUUUACCUCUGCAAAGUGACACAGGUCAAGAAACACCAAGAAAAAGGAGACAGCUCCAGACCGGAAGACAGUUUACCAACGGACGAAUCGUAGCGCAGAAUCGUUACUCCGGCAUUGGUAACAUUCACCAAGAAGGUCUUAAUCCUUCAAUUAGGUCUGCACAUCCUUCAGCAAAUAAGUGGCUGCCUUCCCCUUCUCAGACUCAACCAAUAUCUCAAAAUGUCUUCCCUGAUUCUCCUGUUCAGGGAGCAUCCCUCAAUUUGCUCAGAGGUAAUCCACAAGGCCAGCGUGGAACUACAGCUAUCACGUGUACUGGAGUCUACAAACAGUAUAAGCUGUGCAAUAAGGAUCUGUGUCCUGGUAACAACAGAGGCACCAGAGCAGUGCAGUGCGCAUCCUACAACAACAAGCCAUUUAUGGGCCGACUGUAUGAAUGGGAGCCAUUUUCAGAAGGAAACACACUGAAGUGUGAGCUGACGUGCCGCGCAAUGGGCUUCAGGUUCUAUGUAAGGCAAGCUGAAAAGGUAAUAGACGGAACACCAUGUGACCACAAUGGGACGGCGGUCUGCGUGUCUGGCCAGUGCAGGAAUAUUGGCUGUGAUGACUUUUUGGGACCAGACAAAGUAGUUGAUAAGUGUGGAGUCUGCGGAGGAGAUAACACAGCUUGCAAGGUUGUAUCAGGCGUCUUCAAGCAUGUACUAACUAAAAUUGGCUAUCAUAAAAUUGUGGAAAUUCCAGAGGGGGCCACAAAAAUCAAUGUUACCGAAAUCACAAAAAGCAACAACUACUUAGCUCUCCGUAGUCGAUCUGGCAGAUCAAUAAUCAAUGGAAACUGGGCAAUUGACAGACCUGGGAAAUAUGAAGGUGGAGGAGCAAUGUUCACAUACAAGCGACCAAAUGAGAUAUCAAGCACUGCAGGCGAAUCAUUUCUAGCAGAGGGACCAACAAAUGAAAUACUGGAUGUUUAUAUGAUUCACCAGCAACCUAACCCUGGAAUCCAUUAUGAAUAUGUUAUUCCAUCUGCUAAUACAAUCAGUCCUCAAUUGCCAGCUCAACGGAGACCAGGGGACCCUCUAAAUGGCCAGUUAGAAAUAACAGAUACCUCAAGCCCUACUGAAAAUCAAGAUUCAUUUAGUGAUACUGAUUUACACACUGGACAGCCAACUGGAUCCUUACCUUCCAGACAGCCUGGAAGAAUCCCUUCUUAUCAGCCUGAUAAUCAGGUGCCUCCUGUACAGCCACCUCGAUGGAAUCGGGAAUAUAACUGGAAGCAAGUGGGCUCAACCGACUGCUCAGUCUCUUGUGGGAAAGGAUCACGGAACUCCAUCUUUCACUGUGUGAACAGGAUCUCGCAUGAAGAAGUGUCAGAUGCCUUCUGUGACUUAGCUACCAAACCCAGUUCUGAAGAAGAGCCUUGUAACCACUUUCCUUGUCCUGCAUUCUGGGACAUUGGAGAGUGGUCCGAGUGCAGUAAGACCUGUGGUUUGGGAAUGCAGCACCGCCAGAUCUUGUGCAGGCAUAUAUAUGCUAACCGCACCCAUACAGUGCAACCAAACCGCUGUCAGAACCUGGAGAAGCCAGACACAACAAGCACUUGUCAGCUGAAGAUCUGCAGUGAAUGGCAAAUCAAAGCAGACUGGACACCUUGUUCCGUGCCAUGUGGCGUUGGGCAGAAGACACGGGAUGUGAAAUGUGUCAGUAACAUAGGAGAUGUGGUUGAUGAUGAAGAAUGCAAUAUGAAACUGCGGCCAAAUGACAUUGAAAACUGUGAUAUGGGUCCAUGUGCCAAGAGCUGGUUCCUUACAGAAUGGAGUGAUAGGUGCUCAGCAGAGUGUGGGGAAGGAGUUCGGACACGGUCAGUAGUUUGCAUGUCCAAUCACAUCAGCAGUUUACCAUUAGAAGGAUGUGGAAAUAAUAAACCGACAGAAGCUACAACCUGCGAUAACGGUCCGUGUGAAGGCAAGGUUGAGUGGUUUACUGGAGCAUGGAGUCAGUGCUCCGUUGAAUGUGGAAGUGGAACCCAGCAGAGAGAUGUAAUUUGUGUCCUCAAAACAUCUGAAGGGUUUACAGUAGUGAAGCCACAAGAGUGUUCCUAUCUGGAACGACCUCCCUCCCAGCAGUCCUGCCUUCUCAAAUCCUGUGGUGCAAAAUGGUUAUUUACUGACUGGAGUAUGUGCUCCAAGUCUUGUGAAGGAGGUUUUCGUGUUCGUGAGGUUCGGUGCUUAGCAGAUGACAUGUCACACAGUGAUAAAUGUGAAGCUGACCUUAAACCAGCGGACACUGAAUCAUGCAACACUCAAGAGUGCAUUCCAGAAAUAGAUGAGCAUUGCAAGGACAAAUACUACAACUGCAAUGUGGUGGUACAGGCCAGGCUUUGCGUAUAUGCCUAUUACAAGACGGCUUGUUGUGCUUCCUGCGUGAAAGCAGCCAGCAGGCAAUCAGGCUUCCUAGGACGAAGAUAACAACUACUGAAUUUUUUUUACCCAAGACAAGAGGCAGCAGAAAAAACAGUGACAAUUAUUGAUCUGGCUUCCUUGCCUCUGGUUGUACAGUACAAACUUCUCAUUUUAGCCACAUGGGACUUGAUUACCAGCGACAUGGCUCUCUAAAUUGCCACAGCUUUUAUAGGGAUGUUUGACUUUUUUUUUAUAAUCUGAGCUGAGAAUUUUU